GAUCCAUUCACUGCGGAGCACGAGGCUAUGAGCCAGCGUGAAAAUGGCGUCUGUAAGCCGAAUGCAGAUGUGUAAAAAUACGGCCGUUGCUUUCUUCCGUGUGAAAAAGCCAGGAAGCAGUCCCUCCAGUGAAAGUCAAUCCAGUGUGCAGUCUGGGGCAAUGGCCACAUUUAAUCAUGCUGGAAAGAACAAAUCAAGUACUGUCCACCAUCGAUCGCCCAUUCGUCCAUUUUUCUGCUGUGGCAGUGAACUGUCUCUCGUCAGUAUCGCCGAGCUCCACGAGCGACAAGCUGCUACACUUUCGUUAACUUCAGGCUCCUCGCAGAUAAGUAGUGAACCGAUCUUGCUGAAGCAGCAUGCCCUGUCUGACUCCCUACAGAUUGAACAAACCAAAAAACACACAGAUUGCCCCUCUUCGUGCCAACAUUGCGGAUACAAAUCAAAUGUCGGCAUGGAAGCUGCUUCAGGCUCGUGUUCAGGAUCGCCACCAAAAAACAAACACAAGAAACCUUGGUCAAUCAAAUUUCGAGACAAACAAUCUAAGCAGUCCCGGUACAUGGGUUACUCACAACCCUGUGUUGGAACUUCCAGAUGUUCAAACUUUUCCAGUUGUGAACACCAGUUGCUACUGGCCACUUGUUCACAACGACCAUCAUCUUCCAACUUCUUGUUGACUCCAUCUUGCCAAAUCUCCACAAACAACGUCUUGCGUUUACCGAAGAGUCGCCAUCAUCGGAAACACCAUUCAAAGAAGACUUUAUUUAGUUCUGUUGACAAGCAGCACCAUCGAAUGUCAGCCAGGCAGUUUGCUGGAUCUUUAAACAACAUCAACAACACCUCGGGUUCGGUUGGCUGUUCCACUGAUAACAUCAAUACAACUUGUCAUCAACAACAGCAACAGCAACAGGAAGGUCAACAAGGUGGUUCCAGAGUUGCUGGAAACCACGUAGACAGAAAUACAUUUUGUGCAUGCCGCAAUUUUCGGUCUGUUUCCACAUUGGCAUCUAACGACCAACUCUGCUCGUCGUUCCAGCAGAGCUGUUCGCUACAGGCUAACCCUGGGAGUCACAGCCAGUUCUCUCUAGAUUAUUUCAACGACGACGACUUCAAUGAUGCACCCAUUCAGGAUUACCCACCGCACGAAGCCCCCAACAGCGACACCUAUCAGCGUAUUCACAGUCGGGUCGAAUACACUCACUGUCUAGUGCCUGACCUGCAGCAGAUUGCAAACUGCAGUUUUUACUGGGGGGUCAUGGAUCGGUACGAAGCAGAGAACCUGCUUGACAACAAAGCCGAAGGAACAUUUCUGUUGCGAGACAGUGCGCAGGAGGACUUUCUUUUCUCUGUCAGUUUUCGACGUUACGGAAGGUCCCUUCACGCACGCAUCGAGCAGUGCAACCACAAGUUCAGUUUCGACUGCCAUGACCCGGGUGUCUUUGCAGCCAGUACCGUCUGCCGCCUGAUCGAACAUUACAAAGACCCCAGCUGUUGCAUGUUCUUUGAACCAAUGCUUACUCGACCCCUCACCAGGACUUAUCCAUUCUCCCUGCAGCAUCUGUGCAGAGCUGCCAUCUGUAGCUUUAUCACUUACGACAAAGUGUCGGAGCUUCCCCUCCCACUAGCCCUAAAAGACUUCCUCAAGUAUUAUCAUUACAAAAUGAAGGUUACUGAAAAGCAUUUCUAAUAGACCAGACAUUUUAAACAGACACAAUCCCCCUGCCCCCCCCCUUUUUUUUUACAUUAUCAUCAUCAUCAUCAUCGUCAUUUAACAUGUGUUUUCCAUGCUGGAUGGGUUGGAUGGUUUGACUGAAAGCUGGGGAGCUGCACCAGGUUCCAAUGUGAUUAGAAAUCGUGCCAAAUCAGAUUGGAACCUAGUCCAGCUCUCCACUUUACCAAUUUUCAGUAAAACAGUCCAACCCAUGCCAGAAUGGAAAAUGGACGUUAAAUGACGAUGAUGAAGCAGAAUUUAAAAAAAAAAAAAAAGAAAAUGAUAAAAUAAAACUGUUGACAAGAAUAAUGACAAUGGUGGCAAUGAUGAUGAUGAUGCUUAUUGUCAUCAUCAUCACCAUCAGUAUAAUGUUGGUUGGCAUGUGUUCUUGCUCUCUUUCAGGUUUAAAAAUAAAUAUAUAUUUUAAGGACACAUUUAAUAUUGUUCAUAAUAAUAAUAACAAGAAAGGGCAAGUGUGGGUGUUCCCAUUUUCUUUUCUCCAUUUAUUCAUUCUGUCAAAUUUUCAUAGAUGAUGAUGCACCAGAAUUGGUUUGAACUAACUAACUUAGCGUUUGUUAAGUGAUUUAAACUCUCUCUCUCUCCCUCUCUCUUUUAAUUCUUAAAUCUCUUUUUCUUUUGUUAGCCAUGACUACACACAUACACACAGUUUUUAGGCCACAAAUAUACCCCCUUCCCCCAUUUGUUUAUUUUACUUAACCCACCUCUUCUUUGUUCUAUUAAUAUCAGAUAAAUGGUUUAUAAGCCUUAAGAUGAGAAGUAGCUCUCAAUAAGAACUCACUUGAACUGUGAAACCCAUCCUUUGCCAGCAUAGAAAGCGGAUGUAAAAAGAUGAUGGGCGUUGUAUUCUCUCUUCCCCUUCUUCUUAGCUCUCAUACAUCCACUAACCCAUAUGUCGAGCUGCAAACACAAGUUAGAAAAAUAUGUUUGUUAACCCUUAAGCAGUCAGAUUUUUCUGUUAAAUAUAAAGAUUGUUCACAUUAUUUUGAAGUAAUCAUGCAUUUGUCUCAUAGCUUCAAGAUUUCAAUGAUGUUAUUGUAUAUUUUUACAGCAACAUUCAUUAUAGGGAAGGUGUUAGUAUCCAGAUGUGGCUAGUCCAAGUAUAAAACGGAAUAUUUAGGCCGGAUAUGGCUGGCUGGCUGGUUAAAUGCUAAAAAGUUAAACCAUUCAUGGGGGAAUGUAUGGCAGAAUUGGUAGAGCAUCAGAUGAAACAUCUUGUGAGAUAAGUACAGGAAGCUAAUAUAAUCAGCUGUAUGCUAGAUCGCAAUGCCCUAGCAUGGCCACUGCCAAUUAUAAAACACCACACAAGAAAAGAAUAAGACACACAAUUGUAAAAUGGAUUAGGUAGUGUUUCAUUGAGUUUUUGGACAUCCCACUAAAGUUAUUAGAAUUAUGAUAUAUAUAUAUAUAUAUAUAUAGAGAGAUAGAUAGGGUGAUAAAUUGAAUAUUAAUUCAAUUUAAAACGAAGUGGCCGAGCAUAAAAAAAAAAAAUCUGAAAAUUCAGAAAGAAUUGUACUACACGUAUAUAUAUAUGUAUGUAUAUAUUGGACUCUGCACUGUAGGUCAACUAUAGGUGGGCCAUUGAGAUGUUCUGUAUGAGCUUUGGACCUUUUCAGAUUUAAAGUAUUUGGUGACCAUUGAGUAAUUGAGGUCUUUUGUGUCAGAUUUGGUUUAAUUUUUACUUACAUAAGCAUUUUCAUUGGUGGAAAAUAGAGGAAUAGAUGGAGAAUAUUUAGAUAUGGAAGAUAUAUAUGUGGACCCUGGAUAGAAAUACAGUCAUGACCAAAAGUUUGGAACGUUUUUUUUUUUUUUUUAAUUCAAGUUGUUAUGCCCAAGUACAAUUAAAUUCAAAUAUAACUUUGGAGAUUGAAUAUAAAAAUUCUAAUUUUCAGAUCUAUGUCCCAAAGUUUUGGCCAUGACUACAAAAUAGACCAAAAGUGGACCAUUACCAAAUAAGUUUCUGAUCCUCGGCUCUACAUACUGCCUAUCUAAAGCUUUGUAUUGAGCAUUAAUAUUUUAGAACCGCAAAAUAGUGAAGGUAUGGGCCUUGUUAAGGCAUUCAAGCCAUGGAUUCACAUUGUACCUCUCUAUUUCAGCUAUAUUGCGUACCAACCAGGUGCUGGUACAGCCCUCUCUCUGUUGAGAUAGCUGAGAUUUGAUUUAAUGAGCAACCAAAGCAAUUAGCAAAAACAUAGUGUAUGUUAUCAAGCCAUACUAUCUUACAAGUGAUGACUAAGUAGAGUUUUUUUGUUUUUUUUUUCACUAUAAAAUAAACAAAAAAAACUGUAUAUAAUAUAAUUACAAGAAAACAGCUGAAGAUUCAUUCGGUUACCUGUGCUUAUUCCUUUUGUUCCAAAUAUGGUGUUUUGGAUGACAUCAUUCUGAAAAAAAAAAUGCAUGUGGUGCAAAAUUCUAAGUAAUGGUAGUGAAAAUUCUGGGGGUUUUUAAUAAGUAUAUAAACGCUACUACAUGAAUUGAAUAUUAUUUUGUAAGCCAAAAUUAUGUGUAUAUUAUCAUCAUCUUCAUCUAUGCAAGCAUAAAAAAAAAAACAGACAUAAAACAAUGGCGGGGAUUUCUAUCCAGCACAGUGAGUCGCAAUAUUUUGCAGUCCUUUGUCAUUUUUAUCUUCAGAUCAGCCUUUACCAUUCCUUCCCAGAUCUUGCUUAGUCUGCUUCUUCUGCAGGGUCCUCCUAUCACUUGGUCCAUUCUGCUAUUUACACUGGUGUCUGCAA